AGAACCUGAGCCCGGAGUACUCUGCAGAGUGCUUCGUGGUUAGGCCUGAAGUCUCGACAGCCUCCAAACCAGUUCAUUUGGCUGAUGUCCAUUUUUGAUGCGGCAUAAAGAACUGGAUAACUUUCAACUAUUCUUAUCUGGAUUUUCUACAACUGUACGUGCUGUUAUGGGCAUCCGCCAUCUCGCCAGCUCUUAGACGUCUUUCAAGAGGGACUGCAAUUCCACCUGCUGUUGUCAGAGCGGUUACGUGAGGAUUCAAUCUAGUCCCAUGGGAUGCGAGAAAUCAUUGGUCUUUCAAGGUGAAAUUAUGAUCCUGUUGCUACAGUGAAGUGUUCUUCGAUAAGACACUGAAGAUUGUGGCAGCUAUAUUGUCACUGAGCCCCGUAAAACAGAACCAAAAACCCCAUAUUUGGAACUAUGCCCUUUCUAUUUCCUCCCUUUUUGCCCUACCUUGCCCCCCGCUCAGUCAUUUUCAUUGGACUGUUGCUUCUGGUCAAUUGGGGGCCCGAAAAGGUCAACUGCCAGAAUGACACAGAGCCAAUGAUAUUGGAGGGAAAGUGUCUGGUGGUGUGCGACUCCACGCCGUCUGCGGAGCCGUCGGGGAACGCUUUGGGCAUGUCGGUGAGGUCAGGAAGCGGCAGGGUUGCGUUUUCCGCCAUUCGAAACACCAACCAUGAACCCUCGGAGAUGAGCAACCGCACGAUGACCAUCUACUUUGAUCAGAUCCUAGUAAACGUUGGCGGCCAUUUUGACCCAGCACGGAGUAUCUUUGUGGCGCCUAGAAAAGGAGUCUACAGUUUCAGCUUUCAUGUUGUCAAAGUGUACAACCGGCAGACAAUACAAGUGAGUUUGGUUCUCAACGCCUGGCCGGUGAUUUCAGCAUUCGCAGGCGAUCAGGACGUGACCAGAGAAGCUGCCACUAAUGCCGGCCUGGUGAUAAUGGAGCGAGGGGACAAGACUUACCUCAAACUGGAGAGGGGGAACCUGAUGGGAGGCUGGAAGUACUCCACGUUCUCCGGGUUCCUGGUGUUCCCCUUGUAGAUAAAGGUAGCCGUACGUUAUGUUGUUGUCAAAGUCAUGUGAAAGUACAAAGGAAGAAGCAUUAACAGAUGCAUUGAAUACAAAGUGCAGUGAUCUUCAUAUGUAUCGGAUGAUUGGGGGAGAUCGCUCAGCAACAAACAAUCAUGAAUGUAUUUCCCAUUUAUCAUUAUAAUUAGUACUGCGUUGUGUCACCUAUGCUUGCUAACCCUGUCAUAGCUUUGUGAUUUUGUUUUAAUGCACGAAAUUCAGGGUAAAAACUUUUAUGGCAAUAAAUAAUACUAUUGUGUCACUU